AUGCAAAAUCAAUCGGUCCUAUUUUUGACGUUGGGCGGCCGACAGCUGAUGAAGAAUGUAGCGUUCCUGAAUGUUCCUGUUGAAUUGCCGUUCGAGGAGUUGAAAUCCUUACUGAUGGGCCACAUUUUCCCAGUGGGUUUCUGGGCCACUGAACGGGCCAAAUUCAACUCAAUGAUUACAGCUGCCAACAUUCCGUGCCGUGAGUUCAUUCUCCAGUUGAACAAACAGGCGUCAAAAUGCAACUAUGGUGACCGAUUGGAAGAAAAACUUUAUGAUCGUCUCAUUGCUGGAAUCAAUAUCUCACUGCAAAGUUAG